CCACCGCGCCAAUGCUGCUGACGCUGGCCUGCGGCUCGCUCUUCUUCCCCGGCUUCUUCGUGCUCUGCGCCUGGGGGCUGCACCGGGCGCUUCCCCAAUGGACGGUCAUCGACUGUUUGACGUUCAGCAACAGGCUUGUUUCUUCAAUUCAGGCUGUCCUGGCCUCUGUCUCUGGGCUCACCAUCAUUUGGUCCUGCGAAGAUGUGGUUACCUGCAGGCACUGGCUGGCUCGAGAAUAUAUUUGGGUUUUGAUUCCGUACAUGACCUAUGACCUAGGGGCUAUGUACAUUUGCUACUGGUACCGAAACAGAGGCGAGGACAAGAAACACUCUCUCGCCAUCUUCAGGAACUUCCUCAAGCAUGAUCGACUCAUGCUCAUGCACCAUGUUUUCAUUCUGAUUGUUCUUGUUCCCAUUGCACAGGUACUGAGGGGAGAACGUGGAGACUUUUUUGUAGGCUGCAUCUUCACAGCAGAAUUCAGCACCCCAUUUGUGUCACUGGGCAGAAUUCUGAUCCUGUUGAAGAAGCAGCGCACAUUUGUGUACAAGUUGAAUGGAGUCCUGACACUGGGGACCUUCUUUACCUGCCGCAUCCUCGUCUUCCCCUUUAUGUACUGGUCCUAUAGCCAAGAGAAGGAGCUAAGCUUGCUGCGGACACCAUUCCACAUACCCUUCUUGUGCAAUGUCAUCAAUGCCCUCCUCAUUGCGCCUCAACUCUACUGGUUUGCUCUGCUCUGCAAGAAGGCAGCCCAGAUGUUUGACACUUCCCAGGCCAAAAAGAAAAGUUAGUGAAGUCUAUAACCCAGAGUAUGAAGAGAAAGGCGUAUCCUCCCACACUACCAGCCUCCUUCAUGUUCCAUGGAACUAUUCGGGCCCUAGAUGGCCUCUUUUGUGGGAGUCAAUAGGGAGGUGGAUGGGUUUGGGUUUUAUAAGGAACAGUCACAUUUCCUCCCUACUCUGCCUUUUUACAGAAGCACAUUCUCAUGGGUAACAACUACAGUAUCAUGUUGUGGCAUAUGAGUAGCUAAGGAAUCUGGCAUAAGGCCAUCAACCACCAGAUGAUUUUUGUUAGCCCUGAGGACCCUGCUGGGGUCUAAUCUCAAAGAGCUGUGCAGGAGGUGCCACAGAAGUUGAGGGGGCAGGGUUAAGACAGGUAGGCCUGGUGAAGAACUGGCCUCUGCCAGGCUAUUUGUACACUGACUUAUCUAUCAGUCUGGCUUUUACACAUCCUUUUGCUUACCUUCUUUGAUCAAGAAACAGCCUAUACUGGGCCAGCAGGACCAAAGCAACAUUUUGCUGAUGACCUGUGUACAUUCUGGGAAUAAGGGGCCAGAAAAACUGAGGCUGCACUUUUGGGUUUUUUUCCUUUCCUAGGCUAACAUUCCAAAGCCUCAAAUGCCCCCAUUUCCCUUUACUCUUACCCUGGUGCCAGUGUUUAACUCAACAUCCACCAUUCCCUGGGCUGGAGGGGGAAUACUACCAAGGAGCCAGUAAUUUUUACAAGACUGCCAGUGGUGUCUGUUUCAGCUUUGCAAGCCAAGUCAGGGAAAUCAGGACCAUUAACUGUUAAACCACACUCUCCUCUGACUUCCCCCUUGCAUCCAGUCUGUUCUCUGUCCCCAUGCAUAGGACUGCCUGACAUCUAGUAGAACACAGGAUUUUUACAGCUCCCCAGGCUCCCACUUGCAUUCUUCUCUACACAAGACUCCAGAGGCCUUAGAAAAAAUUCAUGUCUGGACUACAAAAUGUUUUCCCCGUUUUCCUUAUAACCUAGUGUUCGGACCAGAAACCAUGAGUCCUUGCCAGCUUAACUACCCUAGAAAGGCAUCUAAAACAAACACCCAGGCCAAAAUGGUCACUGGGUCCUCCUCUCCAUAUGGUCAACCACCCUUGUCACUGGCCACUUUUCAAUAGGAAGCCUGAGUGCCAACUCUAAACAUUCCUCAUAAAAUUAGGAUGUUUUAGGAAUUAUGUUGUGGAAAAGUAUAUUUUUUUUAGCUAGAAUUUUUAAAAAAGAAGGCUAUCUUCCCCUUAGUUGUGAUUCCAUUGUCUUUUGAAUGUGGUAGUUUAUUUAACAGUAAUGACUUGUUUCAGACUUUUGCCGUCUGUCUCAGUCUAAUGGGUGCUGUUUGUUUUUCUGAACCUAUAAAAUGCUAUACAAGUUAUAGGCUUGUUUUGGUGUUUUGUUUACUGAUAAUUUAUCUGAAAGAAGAAAUUUCUUCAUGGAAAUUGAAUUGCAUUAAUGCUUUUCCUACUUACUCUCAUUGUGAAAGACAUCAAUAAAGAUUUCUUUUUAAAACCA